GGAGGAAGGGCUGAGGACUCUGACUCGGGACGCGGCGGUGGGAGGAACGACGGGGAAGAGAGAAACCAGCUCCUGGACAUGUCCCCAUCUCCAGGAAGGGAGCUGGGUUCUGGAGUGCGUCCUGAGAAGUCAACUGCUACCGUAACGCACGUCCAGGCAUGGGACAGCACCAAGGAGAGUCGCCUCAGUUAUCUCGCCCGACCGAAAAUCAAUCACCAGAUCAACUACAACAAGGUUUCAGUCUACUGGACGGAUAAAGUGCCCUCAAAGGCCGGCAGAUUCACCGUCCCUGUCUUAACUGCGAGGCAAGAACAACUUUCUCAACCCAAAAAGAUCUGCCCCGGGUUUGAAGAAAACAGAAACCGGCCCUCCCCUGAAUGGCUGGUGGGUGCUGCCUCCAGACAUGCUAUGGCUUCUCCUCGGGUGAAGGAGCUGGCCCGUCCAAAAGAGGUCAGCCAGGCCUGGGAAGCCGAGCGCUCCGUCUACACCAUCGUGAGCGAAGGUGCCAGGAAAGCGGCUCCUCGAGAACGAACCAUCCAUCUAGCGAAGCCGAAAAGACGGGACUUCUCGGCCUGCCUGAAUGCCACUUCCAUCCCUCCUCCAAGAAAGCAUUUUACCAGAACCAAAUCCUUAGCUAAGCCAAAAAUGGAACAUCCAAGCUACCGCCACGAAAAGCUAGUCCCAUGGCCUGUGUCUGCAGGAGCCAAGAAAGCCAUGGCAUCUGCAAGGGUCUCUAAGCUUGCUCACCCAAGAGUCCGAAAACAUAUCUUCGAGGGCUACAACCCUUACAAGGUGUCCGGCACUGCCCAGCACGCACAAGCCAGUCCCCGGCUUUUGGAGCUUAGUACUCCUCGGAGGCUGAGAACGAAGCAUCUCUAAAUCAUCACGUGCUGUUCACUGCAAAUGCUG